GUUUCACAAAAUUGCUCGAAAAUUCAAAUACCUACCUCAGAUGGGGAAUCUUAGUAAUCUUCUACUUCUGCUGAUUUUGAUAUCGACUCCGUUGGACUGUCACUCAUGGGGUUGGUUCUCCUCGUCCGACGAGACCUACUCGAGCGAAAACCCUUCUGGUACGAAGGACGCUUCCGGUGGUUCAGUUGGUAAAUUCUCCAUGGAUGGUCUUGAUGACCAGAAGGGAAUCCGGCUUGUCGAAAAUGCUAAGAAGAAACUGGUAGGUUCAGACUCUUGUUGGCAAAAUGCUUACCGACAUCUCUUUGCUGGGUGCUCGGAGAUUUUCGCUGUUGAAGACAAGCGGUCAAGAUUUGCUUGGCAUCUCAGUGAUUGCUUUCAGAAGGAUUCCGGCAGGCCUCCUUUUCCUUCGUGUGACUCGAAAUCUGCCAUGCAUAAAUGCCUCAAGAGUUUGAAUGACAAUGAGCACAAGGUCUAUUUGGAAUUCUACCUUGAAACCAACUCCAUCUGCCAUCAGUUACAGGCUCGAGUAUUUAAGCAUGAAACAGAGAGAUUAGUGAAUGAACUUAAGAACUCAGCACAAUAUGCAGAGAGCAAGUUGGAAACAAUUGAAGAGAAAGCAGAAUACCUGCUGCAGGGCUCAAAUCAUAUAAACGACUCUUUGAAUUCAAUUGAUCUUCGGACGCAGCAAGUGGCGGAGACUGCAAAAAAUGUAGGAGAUCAUAUAGGCAUAGUGUUGAAGCAUUCCGCAGCAGUUUACGAGCAAUCCAAGAAAAUCGAAGCUUCUCAGUCAGAGCUACAAGAAGGUCAAGUAGAAAUGAAGAGAAAUUUAAACGAAGGGAUGGCAGUGCUGCAAGAUUCAUACAGCCAAUUGGGUAUAGAAAUCGAUAACUUGAGAGAUGAAGCUGUAGAAAUCGAAAAGGAGAUCAUUAAAGUUGGAGGUGAAAUGUCAUCUCGGAUGGAAAAUCUGCAAUCCAAAGCUGACGAUAUCGGGAAUAUGGCUGGGCUCUCUUUGGAUAAGCAGCAUCAGCUUCUAGAUGGACAGACAACCGCUCUCAAGGAUCUUCAGUUUUUAACCAAAUUUCAAUCUGAAGCGUUAGAAGAGAGCAGGAGUACACUUCAACGAUUAGCGGAAUAUGGCCAUAGACAACAAGAAGAGCUUCUUCAUAAGCAACAACAACUUCAGCGGGUUCACGAUCAUUUGAUGGAAAAUUCUAAGUCUAUCCUGGCAGCUCAGGAAUCUUUCGAAUCAAAGCAAGCCAGCAUGUUCGUUGCAUUAGAUAAACUCUUUGCUUUGCACAAUGCUAUGUUGCUUGAGUCACGCAUAAUCAAAGCUUUCUUUAUUUACUCUAUAUCAAUCUUUGUUAUCUACAUGUUCACAAGCACAAAGCAAACAUACACAGUGAGACCAUGGCUAUAUAUUGGGCUGUGUACUACAUUCUUGAUAGAAGUAGCGAUAAUUCGCUUCACAGUGAGUGACAUUGAACACCAAACAUGGAAAAUAAACCUUUUCCGGUCAAUCUUUGCAGUCAUUGCUUUAGUUCAGCUAAUAUAUGCAAUUUUCACAUACAGGGACUAUGAAGUGUUGAACCAUCAGUUGUUACAUACAUUGAUUGAGAAGGUUAAUGGCAUGCAACGGAACCAGAAGUUGUCAUGGGAAGCAGAUAGUGAUUUAAACUGGUCCUCGUGGAUUGACACUAACUUACCUGAAGAUGUAGACAGUUCUGAAGACCCUGACUACUUAGUUCCUGAAGAAGUUGGGGGAAAUUUUAUCACAGCUUCAACUCUAAAAGAGUAUGAUCUCCGCCAACGUCUUCUUCAUUGAGGACUCUUUGUAGGUUUGAACUCAUAAUUCUUACGUAUUUUCUGGGGUUCCAUCUAUUAGUAUUUAAACAGAAAUUCAAAUGAAGAUUACUUGUAAAAAGAACCUCGAAAAAAGCUAGAAAAAAUUGUAUUGUUACCAGUAGUCCUUAAUUACAAGAACAUGAUCCUCCUUUAAAA